UUAUUCCUGAUGUUUACACACACCCUGAGAGCCCCCAAACCCUCACCUUAUUCUCGCUCCUUCUCUCUCUCUCCUUCUGAGUCUCCUCUUCUUCUAUCUAUCUUAUACCCUUCAAUUUUGCAAACCCUACCCUCUCUCUCUCUCUGAAUCUCCAAUCGCACUUUCAUCUUCGCAUUCGCUUCCUCUUUUCGCAUUCCUCAAUCGAAGCCCUUUCUUCCCCUUUCCCGAUCUAUCCGAUUCCCAAUUCCACCAAUCUCAAACUCCAUGGCGAUGAGCGACGGCAAAAUGAAUCUCCCCGACGAUCUCUUCUCCUCCAAACUCUCUGAUUCGCACUCUUCUCUCAAAGAUGAAGCAUCCGGAGGACAUGGUGAGAAAGGGAUUGCAGCGCUACUUGAUGAUUCAAAAGAUCAAGUGUCAUCUGACAGCAGCAUACCCUUAUCACCACAGUGGCUUUAUUCCAAACCAGUUGAUGCGAAGCAAACUGCCAACCCAGUGGGGGUAAAUUCCAAUGAUCCUGUACUGAAGGAUAAUUGGCGUCUGGAGGGGUCCUUGGACAAGAAAGAUUGGAGAAAGACUGCUCCCGAUGUUGACAUCAGUCGCCGGUGGCGUGAAGAGGAGAGAGAAACAAGUUUGCUUGGCAGAAGGGAUCGUAGAAAAGAAGAUCGUCGGUUGGAGAACACCUCAACCUCUGAUAAUAGAUCAUUGCCUGCUGAUCGCUGGAGUGAUAGCCGGGGUUCUGGCCAUGACUCUAGAAGAGAGAAUAAGUGGUCAUCAAGAUGGGGUCCUGAAGAAAAAGAGAAGGACUCUAGAAGUGAGAAAAGGAAUGAUGUGGAGAAGGAAGAUGGCCAUGCAGAAAAACAAUCUACUGGUGCUAGUAACCGCGCUGUUUCUGAUCGGGACACUGAUUCCCGUGAUAAAUGGAGGCCACGACAUCGCCUGGAAUCUCAAGCAGCUGGUGUCGCCACAUACCGUGCUGCACCUGGAUUUGGGCUGGAGAAAGGACGCACAGAGGGACCCAAUGUGCGAUUUUCACCUGGAAGAGGAAGGGCAAAUUUCAAUGGAAACUUACAAAUUGGAAGGCCUCCCAUAGGCUCUAGUGUUGGAUCUGUACUCAUGGAUAAGAGUAAAACCAUACUGGGGAAGUCUAGCCUUGAUUCAUAUUGCUACCCAAGGGGUAAGCUUCUUGAUAUAUAUCGUAAGCAAAAGGUUGAUCCAACUUUUGAGAGCAUGCCUUCUGAGGUGGAUCAUACUUCACCAGUAACUCAAAUUGAUCCUGUAGCACCAUUAGCAUUUGUUGCUCCAGCAGAUGAGGAGGAGGCUGUCCUUAGAGAUAUAUGGAAGGGAAAAGUUACCAGCAGUGAAGUCUCAGACUACUCCUUUAGAGGAAAGGAUGGAGGGUCAAUUGAUGAUAUUUCUGGUUCUGGUGUUGCUUUAAGUGAAGAAAAACAACCUUCAAUCGGCAGUGGUGGAAAGGUUAUAUUGGGAAAUGAAUUCUUAAAUGAGUCUGAUAAAUUUUUUACUGGAUCAGCAUUAACUACCAGAGGUUCGUUGGCAAAUGUAGUUGAGGAGGUUGCAAGUUUUCAAGAAGGUAAGCAGAAACAUGGGCCAAUUAUUGGUAUGCAUUGGAAGGAUGAUAGCUUUGGUAGCAGCAUUAGGGAAGGAAUCAUUCACAGAAAAAAGGUUGUCGAAUCAGAAGCUUUUGGUUACCAUCAGGGACAACUUCCUGCUUUUGAGGAACAUUCAAAUCAGGAUGGGAUUAAGUCAAUGGCUUCAGAAAUUAAUACAUGCCAUCCUGAUGAUUCUCGUUCCCUCUUCGAUUUUUCAUCUAUGCGGCAAAGUCCAAGCAUUAAUCCACAUGACUUGAAAAUGAAUGAAAAAAUAUAUUCAUCUGACACUGUCACUGCUCCUGAGGAGUUGAGUUUGUGCUAUUUGGAUCCUCAAGGAAUGAUUCAAGGACCCUUUCUUGGGAUUGACAUCAUUUUGUGGUUUGAACAAGGGUUUUUUGGGAUUGACUUGCCUGUUCGCUUGUCGGACGCCCCGGAAUCAUCUCCAUUUCAAGAACUUGGUGACAUCAUGCCUCACCUGAGAGCCAACACAGGGUUAGGUUCUGAUAGUAACAUGGUUAUUCAGUCAGAACCAUCUGAUGCCGUUGGAAGGAACCUGAAAGUUGAUGUAAAUACAUUUGACUAUAAUGGGUCUUUUGAUGAUGAUCAACCAUGGUCUUCAUCCCGACCUGAUUCUACAUCCAGUGUUGGUAUUCCUAUCCAAUUACCUAAUCAAAGUUAUCACCCUGAAAUAAAUUUCUCUGACGAGCAGCGCUUCGAUAAUGUUGUUGCACAAGAUGAGGGUAUCACAUUAUCAAAAUUGGCUGGAAGCAACAAUGACAACUCUUUGAUGAGGCCUGGGGAUACCAAUGCCUCAUAUUCCCAUCAUACUGGAAAACCUUCAAAUGAAGUUAUUGGGAAUGUUGCUCUAAACAGUGAGGCUGAUAAGUUGCAUCCCUUUGGCUUAUUAAUGUCUGAACUCCGAGAUGGCUCUCAUUUAAGGCGUGCACAAUCCUCUAAUAGUUCUCUCAGAUUGGGGGACCAUGGCCAUUUUACUGAUCCAUUAAAUGAUAGAGAUGCUCAUUUUACUGAUCAGAGCUCUAUGGGUGGCAUGGUAAAUCCGUCUUUCAGGGAUACAUGGACUGAUGAAUAUGGGAUAAAUAGGCAUUUUAAUCCUAAUCAGCGUGUAGGUUCAUUAGAAGACCAGUUCUUGUCUCGAAUGGGACAAAACUUUAAUAAUUUUGAUGUGGCAGACCAUCUAAUGUUGCAGAAGCUGCAGAAGGAACGUCUUCAGCAGCAGCAGCAGGCUGAACGACUUCAGCAGCAGCAGCAGGCUGAACGUCUUCAUCAGCAGCAGCAGGCUGAACGACUUCAUCAUCAUCAGCAGGCUGAGCGGCUUCAUCAUCAGCAGCAGGCUGAGCGGCUUCAUCAGCAGCAGCAGCAGGCGGAACGAUUUCAGCAGCAGCAAGCGGAACGGCUUCAGCAGCAGACUAAUAUACCUAAUCAUUUCCCUUCACAUCUUAAUGGGUCAGAUUUAGAUAGAUUUCCUGGUUUCUCUCCAUCUCAAAGUAAUAACUCUGGCAUCCAGCAAAUGAUGCAGACUCCCGGGUCAGAUUUGGAACGUCUUUUCGAACUGCAGGCUCAACAACGCCAGCUUGAGCUUCAACAACAGCAAGAUAUUCACCAUCAACAACUACUUCACCAACAAUUGAAACUUCAGCCCCAACAACAGUCUCAAGCUCAGUUAAUGCAUCAAGAUGUUCUUGAACAGUUAAUGCAUGGACAAUCAAAACUUGAUCCUUCUAGAGAUAACUUGUUAGAUCAGGUACAAUUGAGGAGAUAUCUGUAUGACUUGCAGCAGAAUUCACAUUCCCUUGAUCCAUCGACAGAGCAGUUUAUCCAAGCAAAUAUGGCCCUUAAUGCUGCGCAAGGAAGGCAAGCUGAUUUGUCAGAGCUCUUGUUGCAAGCAAGGCAUGGAAAUAUAUUGCCAUCAGAACAACAUGUUCGUUUUCAGCAAGAGCAGGUGCAAGCUCAGCAGUUAUCUAUGGCUCUUAGACAGCAGUUGGGGCUGGAUGGAGAGAGACAUUUUGGUAGGUCGUGGCCAAUUAAUGAAUCUGGACAGUUAGUUAGAAAUCCAUCAAACCACCAACUGGGUCAUUCAGCUGGAUUUAAUGUCUCAGAAAUCCACAAACAACAACAGAGGCUUGUGGCACAAGAUGAGCAAUUAAAUUUUCUGGGAAGGAAUCAUCUUGAGCAGAACCAGAGAGGGUUCUAUGAUCCUAGUUCUAUGAUGUUCGAGAGGUCUUCACCUGUUUCUGUGCAAGGAAGAGAAUUACUUGAACGCCGUCGCUACAUGCACCCAACUGAUCAACUGGGUUCUUUGUCUUCUCACCACAACCUACAAUCAUCUGAUGAUCCUUUUGGCCAUCAUUCCCUCUCAGGGAACAACGGCCAUGUGGAUAAUAACUGGAUUGAUCCACGGUUGCAUCUUCAACAACUUGAAUCUAUGAGGCAGAGAAGAGAGUUGGGGGAAAGCAUUACAUCAGCAGAUCUGAGCAUAUCUGCAUCUGCUGGAGGUCAUGAAGAGAGUUCAGGACGAGGUUUUGUGGACCUUCUUCAUCAAAAACUGGGUCUGCAAUCUGCACAAUCAUCAACUGUUGAUAAGUGGCAUCCCCUUUCGUCAAGAAGUCAAGAUAAGUCUUGGCAUGUUCCCGAGGCUAACACAUCAAGUCAUCCUUUUGAGCUUCCUCUGGAUCAGCAAUCCCAUCUGAAUGAUCCCUUUCUAGAAAGGGCUCAAAGUGCGAAUUCCAGUGGUCUAAUGCACGAUAAUUUAACUAACAUACAUAUAAACGAUCAUUACAACAAUCUAGGGAAUGCUGAAAGAGUGCCUCUCCGUUCCAGAUCUGGUUCAUUACUUGAAGAGCAAUCACUGUUAUCUGCGAAUAAGGAUACUUUGCAUCCCAAUUACAGAAUUCCUUUUCAGAUUGGUAAGUCAUCUGUGGAAAAAGACUUGCUUGAAUUGGAUACGAAUAAGGGACACAGGCAUGAAUUUUUGGGCACAAUGAGCAAAUUUGUUCCUGGGAUGUCAGACUUGUCAGAACAAGUGGAAAGCACCAUGCCUUCUAUGGAAAUGCCUGCUAUUGCUCACAGUAGACAUAGCUCACUAAGCAGUGCAGGUGGUGAUGGCGGCUCUUUUGGUCGUGAGAUGACUUUGAAUAGUUCACGUGGAGAUGAGGUUUCUAGUGACAGGAUUCCUCCUUCAACAAAAGGCUUUGAUCAUGCUUUCAAUAAGCGGCCUCAUGUAUCUCGGGUUUUGUCCUCCCCUGACGUGCAGUCAGACCAACCAUCUGCCACUCAUGUCAAUCAGAAUCAAUUAUUAAACCUUACAUCCAGUGAAGGCAUGCGAGAGCCAUCUGGAAAUUUGUCAACUACCAGCAUGACUGAUGCUCAAGCUGCAGGGAAGAAAGAGGCUCGGUUUAGAUCUUCAUCCUUCAGUGAAGGUGCUAUGUCAGAGGCAUCAUUUAUAGAUAUGCUUAAAAAACCUGUUCUUCCUGAGGCAGAUGUGCAUCCCACUGGUGGAGCCGGGGCAGAGUCGGCUGAUGCUGGCCAAGCUGGACGAGGUGGCAAAAAGAAGGGAAAGAAAGGGAAACAGAUAGAUCCUUCUCUUCUUGGUUUCAAGGUCUCCAGUAACCGGAUCAUGAUGGGUGAGAUUCAACGCCCUGAUGAUUAAUUUUUGAUGCUUGUAGAUUUGGCUGUAAAAUUUUCCCUUUCUUAUUUUUCAUUUUUUUGGGGGUAUGGAGUUAACUAGUGUAUAGUCCACUAGGGCAUAGCCAUUGUAUUCCAAUACAACAGUUUUAUACAAUAGGUGUAGUAUGUUUAUUGAUGACUAGUGUGUAGUCACUGAUGAGUGUUUGUAUAUACAGCGAAGCUUAGUUUUUAACGAUUUUUUAUUGAUUAAA